AUACGGUUCACCUUGAUGGCAAAGUACCCAUCAAUUUUCUUAUCAUACCGACAACGCUGUCAUAAAUAAUCAUUCACCCUUUAGAAAACGAAAAAUGGGCGCCACAUAUACUGUACUGAAGAUUAUCAACAGCACGUCCACAGAUAUCGUCAAUAUUUCUAUUACAAAUUUCAAUGAAGCGCAUUUCUGGCCAGAAAAUAGUCCCCACAAGAAUUUUGACGGUAAGAAAAUUGAAGCGAAGAAAUCUUUAGAGAAUCCUAUCCAUCUAUACUCGCCUCGAUGGCAUUGUCCAUUUACAAUGACCUUUCAGUUUAAAGAUGAUGCCAAGGAUGUAAUUCGCAUCCACCCAAAAUGUGCAGAUACUUACAAGUGUGCGUUCAAACAUUUAAACAAAAACCACGACAUUAUUCACAAGCGAGAAGAAAAUACAAUUAUUAUUACAAUAGAAGGCGAGAACAAAAGUGAAGAUCGAGAAAAGGAAAGUAAAGAAAGCGAAGCCACUUUAGAAGAAAAACUUUUCAAUGAGGGUUUGCGUCUAGAAGCUGACGGUAAGGAAAAUGAAGCCAACGAAAAGUUCGCAGAAGCGAAAAAAGUCUGUGAGGAGAGUGGUGAUACAGAGAGCUUGCAUGUUGUCAACUUGAAGAUAACUGGGAAUAUUUUGUACAACAAAGGCAUAGAUUUGACAGAGGAAGUUCGGAAACUUUUCGAAAGUAAUACUGAAGCUGCCAUCAAUAAGGCCAAAGAAGCUUUAAACAAAUUUCAAGAAGCAAAAAGUAUAUUUGAAGAGGGUUUAAAAUACAGCACAUUGUUUUCCAGUAGUGUCGAAAUUACUGCACAACAGUGCGAAGAUAUGGAACAUCAGUUGCUUGAAGCAGAUCUCCAAGACUUACACGAAAACACUAAAAGAUUGAGCCUCAGUGAUGUUCAGAGACAAAACAAAAACACAGAGUAUUUACACACAGAAACGUUUGUUCAACAGAUCGAUGCUACCAUUAAAUAGAACUUUUUUUAAUGUUUUUGUCUGUUAUACUUACUCAGUUUAUUUAUGUUAGUUCUGAUUCUUGCAUUUGAAUAAAAAUUUCUGUUUCCUAGAUAA